AUGUCAGACGACGCAUCAUUCGCACACCCGCACGAAGUCCAGUUACCGCAAGAGGACAACUUGGCUCUCGAUCCCGGCAUUAGCAAUGAUGAUCUCCCCACACCGCGCGCAUCUCUGUACGGAGCAACUCCAGCUUCCACAAUAGCAGAACUCAGCUCCUCCGAAGAACUCACCAUGGACGAGGACUACUUCAACCCGCCAUUGUCGCCACAUCCAUCGAUAACUACAUCACCGUCGCAGCUACUUUCGCUUCAGUCGGCCGCAGUUCCGGGUGCUUCGGGCGUCGUAGGGGCUGCCCCGGGACUACAGUCCAAAGCUACCAUCGCUAUAUCGCUACCGGAGGGUGUGUACGCCGAACAACAGGAUGGUGUCAGAUCUACGGGAGGCAGCGGAAGCGUUACAACGGCGCCGUCUUUUAGUGACUCGACGAGCGUGAAAAGCUACGCGCCUACCAUCAGUACUACGGCCGAACAUGACGUCGAGAGCAUGCUUUCUGAGAUCCUGGAGGAGAAUGAGGCGAGGUUUGGGAGCACCUUCAUCGAGGAUUUGGUGGACGAGACGGAGGAGGAGGAAGAAAACGAGAAUGACCUACGAGACGAUGACGAUGGCCUCGGCGAGGAGGAACAGCUCGUACGUUGGCGUGCAAAGCGGAAGCACUUCUUCAUCCUGUCGCAAGCAGGAAAGCCCGUCUAUUCGCGGUACGGGAACGAGACCAUAAUAUCCAGCUACAUCGGCGUCAUCCAGGCCAUCAUCUCAUUCUUCGCAGAUUCCUCGGAUACCCUGCAAUCAUUCGAAUCGGGUACACAUAGAUUUGCCGUUACAAACUCUGGUCCCCUUUACCUCGUCGCUAUUUCCUCUAUCGGCGAGACGCCCGCGCAGCUUCGUUCCCAGCUAGACGCUCUCUAUCAACAAAUCCUCUCCACCUUGACACUGUCCCAGCUCACCAAAGUGUUUAACCAACGCUACAAUUUCGACCUGCGCCGAUUGCUUGGUGGGACAGAAGUGUUCCUGGAUGGCUUGGUGGAUAGUAUGACACGGGGUUCACCACAGGUCCUACUCUCGGCACUGGAAUGCGUCAAAAUCCGCAAAUCGUACCGAGAACGGAUAAACAACAUACUCCUGAAAGCGCGAUGCGAUGGGCUACUCUACGGUCUGAUCGUGGCAGACGGGAGAUUGGUGUCCGUCGUCCGUCCAAAGCGUCACUCGCUGCACCCCCCGGAUCUCCAGCUGCUAUUCUCCAUGCUGUUCAACUCGAAUACCUUUCGCGAUGGCAACGAGCACUGGACGCCGAUCUGCAUGCCCAAAUUCAACUCCAAAGGCUUCCUCCAUGCCUACAUCAACUUCUUCGAACCAGAGAUAUGCGUCGUCCUCAUCUCGGCCAACAAAGAUGCCUUCUUCGAGAUGCGCGAGAUGGCAGCCUCCGUCAUCGGCAGCCUCAAAUCCUCCUCACUGCUGUCCAGCAUCACUGCCGCGAUCCCACGAUACGUACCCACCGACAUCGUGCCAGGAACGCCGAUCCGGCACUUUCUCUACCGCUCGAGGCAGAACGUACAGUUCACGAUGCCGGCGUGGGGAAGCCACUACACUACGCGGGCCAGUAAACGUCGAGUCAUGACGUUAUACCACAAGUUGCAUGCGGGUGUUCACCAGAAGAGCGCACACCUGAAGGUAUGCUUUUGUAGCCGUAAGCAGGAGGAGGCUUUGGCGUGGGUGCUCCCCGCGUUCGAGCUAUACGUGGUUGCGGGUCCGGGUGCGAAGCGGGAGGCGAUCGCGAAGGGCGCGCAGAGAAUCGCUGGCUGGGUUAAGGGCGAGGAGGAGAGGCUGUUUGUUAUUGGAGGUGCUACUUUCUAG